UGCAGCUUCCUCCUCCGACAUCUUUUCUGCCGGCGACCUUCUUGAAGCUUACUGUUUUUCUUUCGAUCGCCUAUUCGACUUUGAAAGCCUCAACAACCCGUAAGCAGCAAAAAAUCAUGUCUCGCUUUGACAGAGGUCGCUGCUUUGAUCCAGGGAGCCGUUCAGAGCGAAAAAGCUUUGGAGGUGGUGGGGCUGGUGGUAGAGGAGGAGGCCGAGGUGGUUUUGGUGGAGGAUCAUUCAGAGGGGGUGGAGGCGGAGUAUUUGGUGGCAAAAAAGAUAAGUUAAAUAACAGUCCAGGACAGCAUCUUAGGAAACCAAAGUGGGACCUUGAUGCACUGCCUAAAUUUAAGAAAGAUUUCUACCGAGAACAUCCAAAUGUGCAAAACAGAUCCAUGCAUGAAGUUGAAGAAUACAGGAGACGUUCUCAACUUACUGUUCAGGGAAGGAAUGUCCCCAAGCCAGUGGUAACAUUUGAAGAAGCUAGUUAUCCAAAUAAUAUCAUGGAUACAAUUAGAAGUGAAGGAUUUCAAGAACCAACAGUAAUUCAAGCCCAGGGCUGGCCAGUUGCACUUAGUGGAAGGGACCUUGUUGGAAUUGCACAAACUGGAUCAGGGAAAACUAUUUCUUUCAUUUUACCAGCAAUAGUUCAUAUCAAGCACCAACCUCUUGUCCAGCGUGGAGAAGGUCCAGUGGCUCUUGUACUUUGUCCCACAAGAGAAUUGGCACAGCAAGUGCAAACUGUGGCUUUCCAAUAUGGUCGGAAUACUAAUGUCAAAAGUGUGUGCAUCUAUGGUGGGGCACCUAGGGGACCCCAAAUUCGUGAGCUUGAAAAAGGGGUGGAGAUAUGUAUUGCCACGCCAGGAAGACUGAUUGACAUGUUGGAAGCUGGCAAAACAAACCUGCGACGCUGCACAUUUUUGGUGCUUGAUGAAGCAGACAGGAUGCUUGAUAUGGGCUUUGAACCACAGAUUAGAACAAUUGUUGAACAAACAAGACCAGACAGACAGACACUCAUGUGGAGUGCUACAUGGCCCAAGGAAGUGCAAGGGCUGGCAGCUGAUUUCUUGCGUGACUGUGUGAAAAUCACAGUUGGCUCAGUGGGGCUCACUGCUAACCACAAAAUCUUACAGAUUGUGGAUGUGUGUGAUGAAACUGAAAAAGACUACAAGUUGAUCAAGCUUUUGGAAGAAAUAAUGGGAGAGUCUGAAAACAAGUCCCUCAUUUUUACUGAGACAAAAAGAAGAGCAGAUGAACUAACAAGAAGGAUGCGCAGAGAUGGAUGGCCAGCAAUGUCCAUUCAUGGAGACAAAUCACAGCCUGAAAGAGAUUGGGUAUUAAAUGAGUUCAGGAAAGGAAAUGCCCCAAUCCUGGUUGCUACUGAUGUUGCCUCCAGAGGACUAGGUUUGUACAUGUUUUUCUUACUGGUUAACAAGUACAGCAAACAUUUUGGGUUUCUUUUUUUUUCUUAUAUACUAGUAGCUCUCUAGUUCUAUUACAGUGAAAAGACAAAAAUGAAUCUUCUGGAGUGUAGUGGUUUGUGCCAGUUGUUUUGAACUGUCUCAUUUACUAACUCUACAUUCUAUUUUUUAAUCCCAGAGUAGGAUUAUUCUUUUUAAUCUGAGGGUUCAUCAUCCUUGCUGUGGUUACUGUUUUCCUUGAUUGGAGGGAACUGUGCAUGACCUUGGUUUGUCAGCUGAGCUGGAGGGAAAGGAGCAGUUUGAAUAGUUCCUUCUUUUUUUUAGGAUGUUUAGUUAACCUACAUAGCUACCAGAUUUUUUCCCAUAAAAAAGUGUAAAAAUACAUUUUACAUUGCAAUCUUGUGGGCCUCUGUCAGAAGCACUACAGCUAGAAAAUAUCCUCCAUUUCAGGAAAUUGCCCAAGUUACAGAAACAACUGACAAGAGAGAAUUUUUAUAAUAUGGAGAACAUUUAUUACUCCAGAUACUUUUUAGUUUGCAGUGAAAGUUAGUCUUCCUCCAGGAAAAUACAGUGCCUCUUUUGAGUAACUCGUGGUGGCAAAUGCAUUUAUUGAUAACUAUUGCCAUCUAGAUUGAAGGGUGCUGGUCUCAUUUAUCUGUGGUUCCCAUGAACCUGAGAGUAGGAUGAAAGGUUGAAUUUCAAUAAAAUUUUGUGAAAGAAAAAUGAAAGAGUGGAGUUGUGUUUGAUGGUUGUACAGAUGGAGUUAGGUUCCACAGUAGUGUAAACAUGUGUGGGUCCUGGCAGAUUCAGCUUUUGCUGCAUAACAGUACUAUCUGUACAACCUCAAGCUCUCAAGUCAAAGUCCAGUGCUCUGACUUACUAUUUCCUUGAAAACAACUCCAGUGCUAAAAUAUUAAAGGCAAAUUACUUUCAGCUUCAUAUUUAUUUUCCAUCCAAACCAUUAGUGAAGAUGUCAAUUUUAACAAAGCACUGGGCUUUGACUUAAAAGUUCAGUGCAGCAGAUCAAAAUUUCUGUCUUGUUAUACAGAAAGUCUCCUAUGUACAAGUUAACAUGACUAAAAAGAAGUUUAUAAAAACUUGCAGGCACAUUGUAAAUUGACGAAUUCUGUUGCAACUUAUCCUAUAUCUUCCCUGUUGUGUUGCAAUGUAGUGCUGAAUCUUAAGGGCCCACAAAGUUUGCAUUUUGUUACCUUAAGUAGCAGGCAGAUAUGCCUGGUUUGCUUUCAUUGAGUCAAAGAGAAACCACAUUUCUGUUCCUUCCCUCCCAAUCAUCUGGACGCGCUGAGUCAUGGUUUUGUUCCUGCUUCAAGUGUAACCUGGUGAAUAUUUUUUUUUUAUGCCGGCUCCCAGAGCAGACACACAGUACCUCUAGUGUUCAGGCAAGUUUGUUUGGAGAAGUACCAAAUUAGUAGUCAAAUUGUAUGUUUUUUUGUUUUUUUUUCUACACUGCAUUCUAAAUUGGUGGAAACUGUGUUAGCAUUGGAAUGGGAAUGGUGAACCAUGUGAGUCUAGUUUGAUCUUUUGGGUGAGAGUAGUCGAUGAAAUUGCUGAUGUUUAUGGAAGUGACUGGUAUAAGCAAUUAAGUCAUCUGUUUGGUGCCAGAUGUUGUUGACAAGUGAUUAUAGUUGACAUCUGUUAUUAUCAACUAAUGACACCAUGCAAAUGCCUCCUCGUGACAUUCACACACAAACUUAUCGGGCAACCUAACUUUUUAUAGAUCAAAACUGAUCAAUUAAAACAGGCACAAGUUUCUGGAGUCUUAGAGCCAACCACAUCACGGGAGAACUGCUCAAGUGAUUGUCUUAAACAAUGUAUGAUUCUCACUUGACAAACAAAACUCAACUUGACUCUGGCGAUGACUUAAGUUCAGGUUAAAAUGCUGGUCACCACUAGUAACAACAGUUCUUUUCAGGACUACUCUUACUUGGACAAUCAGACUACACAAUUGUCUCCCUUGGUUUCAAACCAUCUACUGCAUGUGAGUAUGAAGAACUGUCUCCAAUAUCCUUUGAGAAUUAGGAUUAGGGAGCUGGCAUUUGGUUUUGAUGCCCUCUUUUAACUUGCUCAUCUGAGUGUUCAUUUUAUGACAAGAUGUCAAUUCAUUGCAUCACUUAGAUAUAUCCGACAUCAAAUUUGUCAUCAAUUUUGACUUCCCAAGUUGCUCAGAAGAUUAUGUGCAUCGCAUUGGAAGGACAGCAAGGUCUGAUCGCACUGGGACUUCAUACACUUUCUUCACUGUUGGAAAUGCUAAGCAGGCCAAGGAUUUAAUUUCUAUUUUAAAGGAAGCAAACCAACAUGUUAACCCAAAGCUAAUGGCACUUGCAGAACAAGCAAAGGGAAUGUUUGGCAAAGGACGAAGCCGUUUUCGUGAUAAAUCUGGGCUGGGGAAUAGUGGUCACUUUAACAGGAACAACUAUGGGGAUUCCCGCAGUGAUUCAAGAAGUGGUGGUGGAGGCAGAUCAGGUGGACAUUCAAGCUUUUCAGGUGGAGGCCGGGGAUCCUCUGGCCGAGGUGGCAGUCACAUGUCCAGUGCUAACAAAUCAUUCAACUCCAACAGAAGUCAAGACUCUCGUGGAGGAAGGAGUCACUCACAGCAGAAUGGCUCCUGGAACCAUAUGGGAUCACAGCAGCACAAUAUGAUGGGAGGAGGAGGAUACAACAAUUACAGCAAUUCUUAUGCACACCAGGCACCUCCUCCACCACCACCAGGUCCUCCUCCUUCCCACUCAAACCCUCCCCAGCCUCUCAUGCAACAGCAGCAGUACAACCAAGCUACUACAUACUCUCAGCCAUCCUACCAAGCUUACCAGCAACAAGCCACAAAUUCUGGGCAGGGCCAAGGGCAGCAGACUGCAGGGUGGUCUUGAAAUCAGCAGCAAAGUAACAUUCUGCUGAACCUAUUCAAAAUUCUAUUGAAUGAUGGUUUUGUUUACUUUCCAAUUUGUUUCCUUUUGAGAUCCACAAAUUCAGGCUGAUGAGCCUUUAGAAGGAACUUGUUUCCUCAAUUUGCAAGAUAGCUAGCUGAGCAGUGAAUGUUUACACGUUCAAUUCUGAUUUAAGAUUAUUUUCCAAAUCAGUUGCUUUGUAGAUGGCUUUUUUUUUUUUAGAGGAUAGCUCUAUGCAUUAGAUAAAAUUACUCCCUAAGUAUUUUAAAGUUAAGGAUCUAUCUGUAGAUUUUAACAUAGUCAAGGAUCAGACUACACCUUCACAUAGUCAAGGACCCAAAUAAAUUUCAGUCAACUGUGA